AUGUCCAGCGCCGAGCACCACGACGACGAGCUCGCCCCCGAGCACACCGAGGGCUUCAAGAUCGGCGAGAAGAAGACGAUUGACGAGUAUCAGCAGCUGGUCUUCUAUCCGCUACCCGUCAAGCAACCAUUGCUACCCAGCCAAGUCCGUCUCUUCCCACUUCUGGGGCCGCCCGGAACUCCCUGCACCAGCAACAUCUACAGCUCUGCCGCUGCUAUGGAGGGCCUCCCGCAGAUGCAACGCAGCCGGCAAUGCCAUGUCCAGCCUUUGCCACUUUCUCCCAAGACAAACGGCACUCCUACUCAAGAGUCGUUUGAACCGCAGUUCCCAAGUGCUUCAGUCUCUCCUCGAGCGCCGCCUUUGAACACCGAGGCACUCAUGACCGUGCCUUCGCACCUGCGAUGCCUGCGAUCCCUUCUUAACACGUCCCAACCUCGGGAGCCACUAAAAGGAGCACAUCAUCUUUACACGACGGUAUUCUCGGCCUCAAUACCAAGCCGGAUUCGUCCAUCCAUCCAUUCGAACCUUAUAGCCAACGCUACCAGACCGCCCAGAUUCAAGGAACAUCUUGGUGAUUAUGAACUAUACUCAACCGGCACCGUCACCGAGAUCCCCAAUAUGAAAUCGGCGUGUGGCCAUCUCAUUGGUCUUUCAUGCAGAGAGAUCUUCCCUGUUCCAAACGCCAAGCCUGCUUUGUUGUCCGACGGAGGCGAGGAGACAUCCGGCAAGCACCCACCCAAGGAAACCCACUCAAGGUGCCAUGAUGCGGAAUCCAGCGGAAAAGAGGGCAAAUCUGAAGGAAAUCCAGAGCUGGGACUGUCAGGAAGCGGCUCUAGCGGCUCUGGCGGCUCUGGCGACGAUGGCUCUGGCAAAAAGGAUGACAGUGAAAAAGGCAAGGGCAACUCAUCCCCCAAGAGCAGGAAAAAGAAAGGCGAAGACGCUGAAGAGGAAGACGACACUGAAGGCGAGGGCGGUGAACAUACUGGAGAAGAAGAGAGCAUUGAAGCUAAGGGAGGUGCUGAACUUCCCUUGACCAAUGUGCUAGGUGAACUCGGAAAGCUACAAGACGAGGAACAGAAGGUGAAUUUGCCGAAUGAACCGAAGACGGGCCCCACUCAACACCCGGCCUCAAACCAACCCGAAAACCAACCCGAAAACCAACCCGGAAACCAACCCGUGGGAGGGGGGACCUCACGACUUCGGCAGGUAUUAGAGCGUUUGAGGCACCCGUUUCGACACCACACCGCAGGCCAACCCGGAAACCCACCUGGAAACCAACCCCUAGUGGGAGGGGGGACCUCACGACUUCGGCAGGUAUUAGAGCGUUUAAGGCACCCGUUUCGACACCACACCGCAGGCCAACCCGGAAACCCACCUGGAAACCAACCCGGCAACCCACCUGGAAACCAACCCGGCAACCCACCUGGAAACCAACCCGGAAACCAACCCGAAAACCCAAACACGAGACGACCCCCAGAGGAAGAGAGGCCCCCAGAGGAAGAGAGGCCCUCAGAGGAAGAGGGGCCCUCAGAGGAAGAGAGCCCCUCAGAGGAAGAGAGCCCCUCAGAGGAAGAGAGCCCCUCAGAGGAAGAGAACCCCUCACGACUUCGGCGGCAGAUAAGAUUUUCAGAUCCACUCAUAACCCAAGAUUCAGACGGACCCAGAACCAAAGCCCCAGGCGCAACAUCGUCAAAAAGCUCAUGA